UAAUUUCUCACGCUUUGCUGUAUAUUGUCUCAAGAGAAGGAUAGAAGAUAGGAUAUCCUUUUUCCUCUGUGAUAUUAUUGUCCAGUUUGAGGAUUUUAGUUCAGUUCUGUUCUGUCUUUAGUUGUGGAAAGGUUGUGCUGAAAGUAGUGUCAUAGUAUGCAGUGAGAUUCAUGUUAAUCUGUCAGUAUUUCUUGUUUGUAAUAUUAGUGUUUCUCGUUCAAUAAAUGCUGACAAGGUGAAGUGUCACAUAGAUGUACAGGUGGAAGCGAAAACGGCGUAAAUACAGCACAAAUUUGAGGCGAUCUACAAGUGUGGGUCGGAUGACACCUUUACGGUAUCAUAUCGGCGAUGCCCUAUUCGUGGAACUACCCCGGGUACGGCUCGACGGGGGUGCCAAGGCCUUCAGACAGCGCUGGGGCUACGAGGGGGGCAAUGCCCCUGCUGCGCCCCCCCUAAUGGAGGAGGAUGAGGGCAAUGAGGAGGCAGAGGAGGAGGGGGAGACCGUGUCGCUCAGGGAGGAGGUUUUUCUGCCAUCGUCGCCAUUAGACACAUCCUAUGAGAAGGGAUGUAAGAUAUCGCUUAUCAGAUAG